AUGUCGAGCCGCAUCAGAUUUGCAGAGCCAAUCGCGAGACAAAAGGAGAACGGACGCUCCCGCAGAGACCAGGCUGAACAGGGCGAAAAGGGGUCGGCCCAACGAACGCUGUCGCCCGGCAGUGAAAUCGUGUAUCCAACAGGAUGGCGACUUAUCCUCACUACCACAGGGCUCUUGAUUGGAUUCUUCCUCUCCAACCUCGAUGUGACGAUUGUUAGCUCGUCCCUCACGAGCAUCACGGAUAGCCUGGCUGGAUUCGAAAAGAGAAGCUGGAUUAUCACUGGAUAUUUAGCCACCUAUACGGGUUCCAUGGCGAUCUGGACCAAAGCGAGCGAUAUAAUCGGCAGAAAGCAAACCACCAUCGCGGCUCUCUUCAUUCUACUCGCAUUUUCUAUUGGAUGCGGUUGUGCUCAGACUGUCAAUCAACUAAUAAUACUUCGAGCACUUCAAGGAAUCGGGGGUGCGGGUGCAUACGCGUUAGCAAUUCUAUGCAUCUAUGAGAUUGCCCCCAAAACGAAGCUUCCCACCUACAGCGGUCUCAUGUCAUUUUGCCUCGCUCUGGCGUCGUUAAUUGGCCCAAUCGUUGGCGGCGCUCUUGCACAGGACUCGGCCUGGAGAUGGGUCUUUUUCAUCAACGGCCCGCUCUGUGUGAUCGCAAUCCUUGUUAUUAUGGUUGGGAUGCCCAAGAACUUUGGUCUUGAUCAGCACACUCCCUCGUUUCGGACACGGGCAUCUUAUCGCUCAUUUACCAAUCUCGAUCUCGUGGGAUCGCUUCUCAUGAUCGUGGGCUCUUUUUUGAUAGUUGCCGUGUUGAACGAGACAAAUCUGGCAUUUUCUUGGUUCUCUGGAGGCGCAAUUGCUCUUCUUGUAUUAACUGGUGUCUGUUGGGUCGCUUUCUUCUCUUGGGAAUGGUAUAUCUCGGGGAUCCCUGGGAAGGACCCUAUUUUUCCUAAACGAUGGUUUUUUGACCGUCCAUGGCUGAGUAUUUUAAUUUCCUCCUUUGUCACGGGUGCCCCGUUCAACGUUAUCCUGGUGUAUGUUCCACAGCAAGCGCAAAUAUUGUUGGGAAAGUCUCCUCUCGAUUCGGGUAUUUACUUGAUCGGAUAUGCUGCUGUUGCUGCUGUCGCCGCCGCUAUCGUGAAUAUGGCCAGCUCAAAAGGGCGAAUACCGUUUAUUUAUUCUUUGCUUGUCGGUUGUGCAGUUCACACUAUCGGCGUUGGUCUUCUUUCAACCAUUGCGACUUCUAAAGGAUUCCAUGCCACUGAUAUUAUUUACGGUGUUAUCGCUGGUGCCGGUAUAGGGAUUAUUAUGGGCGUAUUGGUGCUCUCGACGCCAUAUAUCGUUGAGGAUAGAGAUCUUGCAAUCGCCACCGGCACAGUUGUUCAGCUCAGGUUUCUUGGCGGUGCUAUCGGUCUUGCGAUCGCAUCUAAUAUUUUGAAUGGCCGUCUGUCCAACCAUUUGCAAGGUGUUCUAUCGCCCCACGAUCUUCACCUGUUUCUUGAAAAUGUUAAAUGGAUAGAUCACCUGGCUAUCUUUCUCCGGGAGGAGGUGAAGGACGUGUUCGCUCAGAGUUACACGACUCAGCUGAGGGUCAUGAUUGGAUUUGCGGCAGUUCAACUACCUGCUAUCUUACUUCUUAUCAAACCAGGCCGCCAGCUUGCGGCUACUAGAUUGCAGCCACCUUCUUGUGAAACUUGA